CAAGACAACCCCUCGGCCUACCCGACUACUCAGCACCAAGAACAGACGGCCAAGUGCAGUCGCGCCUUUAUAUAAAGGAAUCCACCAGCAGCAUUAGCUUUGGUUUCUUCUCCUUGUAUGAACAUACAUACCCAUCGCAGGGCAUUCUCAAGCAUAGCUUCUGCCUUUCCCCUCCUCUCCUCCACUCCUUUGUCCAAAGCUUUGAGAUGGCUCAGCAAAAGGUGGUGCUCAGGGUUCCAACCAUGACAGAUGACAAGAUCAAGCAGAAGGCCAUCGAAGCUGUUGCCGACAUUUACGGUAUUGACUCCAUUGCAGCAGAUCUGAAGGAGAACAAGAUGACCAUCAUAGGCGAGAUGGACGCAGUGGCGAUUGCCAAGAAGUUAAAGAAGAUUGGGAAGAUUGACAUUGUGUCUGUUGGACCUGCAAAAGAAGAAAAGAAGGAAGAAAAGAAAGAGGAGAAAAAGGAGGAAAAGAAAGAAGAGAAGAAAGAGGAGAAGAAAGAAGAGAAGAAAGAAGAGAAGAAGUGAUAAACCUAUAAAACCUAUAAUAUCAUCACAUGGCCUCACCUAUCUUCAGUUGCAAUAGCUUUGACUUUGGACUGAUGUUGCUAUGUGGACUUAUUAUGUAAAAUUUAUACUACAGAGUACAUAUUAGUUAAAAAUAAAAGUACAAUCUGUGCAUUGCUUUAAGCAUC